ACUACCAAUACAGUACAAUACACAUUUUACAAGUAUACACUAUACAUUUUUAUUUUUUAUACAACUUGACUUAAAGAUAUAAUCAAAAUAUAGCAAUAUAAUAAUAUUAUAUUAGUAUUGUAGUACUGGUUAUAUAUUUUAUAUAAUCCGUGAUUGUUGUUUCACAUUUGAUGUGAAACAAGACCUCGCUGCCCAAAUAAAAGUUACUAAUAGUUUCUAUAAAUCAUUCAAUAUGUCUUAUAUGUUAGCACAUUUGUUUAAUGGCUGGCAAGUCGAUCAGGCAAUUCUCUCGGAGGAAGAUAGGGUGGUUGUUAUUCGUUUUGGUCACGAUUGGGAUCCUACAUGCAUGAAAAUGGAUGAAGUUUUGUAUAAUAUUGCGGAAAAAGUGAAGAACUUUGCUGUUAUAUAUUUAGUAGACAUCACCAAAGUACCAGAUUUUAAUAAAAUGUAUGAAUUGUACGAUCCAUGCACAGUUAUGUUUUUCUUCCGUAACAAACACAUUAUGAUAGAUUUGGGUACCGGAAAUAACAAUAAAAUUAAUUGGGCACUUGAAGACAAACAAGAAAUGAUAGAUAUUGUUGAAACAGUGUAUAGAGGUGCCAGAAAAGGACGCGGUUUAGUUGUUUCUCCUAAAGAUUACUCUACAAAAUACCGUUACUAAAUAGUUAGUAUAUACUAGUUUAUAUCCUAUACUAUUUAUCUUAUGUAAAUGUAAUGUAUUGUGUGUAUGUGUGUGUAUAUAUAUAUGUAAUUUAAUUGAAUUGUUUUAAUAACUAUAUUUAAUACACUCCUGUAAAAACAAAUAAAAUAUUUUU